AAAUCCCCCUCCCGUAAAAAAAAAGAAAUACUUGAAGAAAAAUAGGGCCAAAAAAGUUUGCAUACAAAGCUGGCAGCAAAACGCUUUUCUCGGAUUCAGAUGAAAGCGGUGAAUGUCUCUUUUCCAUCCCCGAAUGUCAGGCGGAGGACAGGAGACUAUUGAGAAGCGGAUUGAGGUGUUGGACAACUUGCUGGCAGGAUCUGUUUUGACCGAUGACGUUAUAACUUCACUGACCACAAGAGAUGGACUUCUAGACGCCUUAAUGGUGUUAUAUGAAGAAUGCAGUCAUGAUUAUCUCGUUAAAAAGAACAAGCAUGUGUCGGCCUUUGUUAGAAAAUAUGCUUCUACUAUUGCGGAGUUGAAGAAGUUAAGGAUCAGUAUGAGUGAUUUUGAAGUGAAAGAUGUUAUUGGCAGAGGACAUUUUGGUGAAGUACAAGUUGUGAGGGAGAAAGCAACAGGGACGGUGUAUGCUUUAAAAACUUUACACAAGCAUGAAACUCUAGCACAGCACGAGAUAUCUUUUUUUGAGGAGGAGCGAGAUAUAAUGGCUCUGUCUGGCAGUCCCUGGAUCACUAAACUUCACUACGCUUUCCAGGACUCCCUCAAUCUGUACCUGGUGAUGGAGUUUCAUGCUGGGGGAGACCUUUUGUCCCUCCUUUCAAGAUAUGAUGACAUCUUUGAGGAAUCUAUGGCAAGAUUUUACAUAGCUGAGAUGACUUUGGCAAUCCAUGCUUUACACUGUAUGGGAUAUGUGCACAGAGACAUAAAACCAGAAAACAUUUUGAUAGAUGUCCAUGGUCAUGUUAAGCUAGCUGACUUUGGUUCUGCUGCUAAACUGUCACCGGACAUGCUGGUGUCCUUCCGAAUGCCGGUAGGAACCCCCGACUAUGUGUCCCCAGAGCUUCUGACAUCCAUCAACAACAAACAGAUUGUCAGUAAUUACGGGGUGGAGGUCGACUGGUGGUCAAUGGGGAUCUGUAUGUUUGAGAUGUUAUAUGGGAAAACACCAUUCACAGACGAGAAUGGCUCACUCAUCAACACUUACUCCAGAAUCAUGAACUUUAAGAAAUGUUUAAGUUUUCCUGACUCCAGCAAAGUUUCAGAGCCAGCUAUAAGUCUGAUUAAAGGCCUUCUUGCUGACAAAUCCAGUAGACUGAUGUAUGAGGGAAUAGUAGCUCAUUCUUUUUUCUCAGAUCUGGACAUGGACAAUAUCAAACAAGUGAAACCCCCAUUUGUUCCACACCUGUCUAGCCUAGAUGACACUUCAAACUUCGAGGAGUUUGAGAAAAGACGUUAUCAGCCAUCUUUUGAUGACUACAACACAAGCAAAGAGUUUUCUGGGAAGGAUUUACCUUUUGUUGGAUUCACAUAUGUUAGACAACAAAAGAGUGAGCAAGAAGACAAGGACUUAGAUUCCCUACAGGAAAGUGACACAUCAUCGGAGGAGUCUGUAGAAUGUCAAAAUUUGGAGGUCAAAUUGACUGUGAAAAUUAACGAGCUGCAGAGUAAGAACCAACAGCUGGAGGAGUCCGAGUGUUCUAUAAGGUCAGAGGUCGAGCGCCUCCAGCUGAGGAGCCAGGAGAAGGAGGAGGAGGUGCGGAGGAUAGCCGCGGAGAGGGAGUGUAUGGAGAGGGAGCUACAGGACGCGUUACUGCAAAAGAAGGUAUAUGCUGCUCAGCUUGAUAAAGCCACAGCCGAGAAAGAACAGCUGGAGCUACAUGCCAUGAAGAACUUCAAUGAAAUCCUGGAAAUGAGGAAGGAAGCUCAAGCUAUUGAAGAAGAAAUUCUAAGGUGUCAAGUGGAUGAAUUGCAAGAAGUAGCCACAGAGCUGGAACGAGAGAAAGAAAAUCUGCUUCGUAAGGUUGCACAGCGAGACAAACAGAUCGAUUCAUACAAAGAACAGGUCACGGCCAGUCAUAAACAGAUAGCAGAGCUCAACAACAGACUCGCCAAGGCCAGACGUAAAUCCCGGGGGGAUCAGAAGAGGGACCUGGCAUUGUUAGAGACUCAGUCCAAUGCCUGGAGGGAACAAAUCACAGAGAAAACUUCAGAAAUUCAGGUGAAGGAUAAGAGGAUACAGGAGUUGGAGGAUAUGAUGGAGGCAUAUGAGCAGCAGGAAAAAGAUUUCAUGGAACGAGAACAGGUUUUACUGAACAAACUUCAGUCAGCCCCAUCAAAGGAAAAAGUGGAUAUUAAAGUCAUGCUUACUACAAGUAAAUCGCCUGGUAAGAAGGAGAUUGAGAGCAAAAUAAAGAAAAUACAGGAGCUUGAGGAUUUACUGGAGAAGUACGAGGCCGACUCUAACGCCUGGCAAGAGGAGGAGGACCAGUAUAAAGAAAUCAUAGAGAAUUUGAGUGGAGAGGUUGCAGCCCUGAAACACCAGUCCCGUCUCUCUGUUCAGUCCAAAGAAAACCUACUCGAGCAGAUCAAAUUGCACCAAGAAGAAAUAGGAAAACAGAAACAAAAAAUCAAGGAUUUACAGAUCCAUGUCAGUUCUUAUUUGGAAGGACAGAAAAAAGACUCCAAGGAAAGCUCUUUGGAGAAACAUGUGAAGGAGUUAGAGAUAGAAGUCGAGAUGUUAAGAGAUGAUAAGAGGAAGAUGAUGAAGGACAAACUCUCUGUCCAGACUGAACUGGAUGAUUAUAAAUGUAAACAAAUGGACAACGAAAGGGUGAAUGAUCAAAUUAUACAGAAAAUCAACCGCCUGACUGCCAAGCUGGAGCGGGUCGAACGGCAGCUAUCAGCCAGCAGGGAUCGGGAAAUUCAAGUCAGACUUAAGUCCAGGGAAACUCAAGAAAUCAGGGAAAAGUUGCAGGAGGAGAAUUUAAAGGCUGAGAAAAAAGAAAAUGAAGAACUAAAGAACAAACUUACUGCUGUGAAUGUAGAAAUGGAAAAGCUUAGACUUACACCAUCAAGAGACAAUGAGGUAAAAGACCUCAGAAAUACCUUGGAAAACAACAACCAAAAACUACUCCAACUACAGCAGAAGGUUGAUAAACUGACCAGUGAAAAGUUUGACUCCCUGAAGGAAAUCCGUGAACUGAAAGAGGAGAAAGAAAGACUGGAGGAAGCUGUGACGACCAUGAAGAAAGAGCUGGAGAAAGUGGAAAAGGACCUGACAGAAAUCACAGGGCUCAAGGAGGAAAACCUGACACUGAAGGAUGAAAAUGACCAGCUCAAGUCCAGGCUGACAGACCUAGAGAGCGAGAAGCAGGCGUCGGAGAGGAGACUGAGGAAGGAGUGUGAGGCGGUGAAUGUGAAGCUUCAGAGUGUAGAACAGGAGCUAGAGGAACAGAAAAUUCUGUCUGCCAAACGCUGGAACAAGAUAGAGGACGCCGAGGAUUUACGACAGGAAAACAAACUCCUACAGAGCAAAGGGGAGAUGCAGAAAAAGAGGACAGAGGAACUAGAAAUUAAGAUCAAGGACUUGGAAGGUCAAGUGGCUGAUGGGAAGAGAAAGCUGGAAAAAUUGACUGUUGUCAGUCAGGAACUUGAUACAUUGAAGUUAGCCAGGAGGUCAUCAGAGGUCAAGAUUCAGGAACUGCAGCGGGAACUAGCAGAGAACCAGCAAAAAGCCUCCCAUAACAAAAAGGAUGUUCAGCAUCUCGAGGAAAAACUUUACAAGGAAAAAGAACAGACAAAUGACAACAUCUCAGAGCUGAAGAAGGAGCUACAAGAAUCCAAUCUGGCCUUGAGUGAGGCUCGCUCCUUGGUGUCCGCCAUGCAAAGACAGGAACAGAGUAUGAGAGACAAGUUUAACCAGGAGAUACGAGAUCUGAAGAUGAAGCUGCACAAAGCCCAGGGCUCUCUUCAUCUGGAACAUGACAUGAACACAGUUCUGAUGGAGAGACAAAACCUGCAACUAAAGCAAAAGGAAAUGGAGGAAAGGAUAGGGAACCUGCUGAAGGAGAAGGGAACAGCAGUGUUAGAAAAACAAAACAUGGAGGAGAAACUAAUGCACACCCAGCAGCAAUGUGAACUGGAGAAAAAGAAAGCAGAUGUUCUGAAGGGAGUGGUGACUGACCUUGAGGACCAAAUCAAAGACUAUGAGACCCUGAUAGAGGAGUACGAGAAACAGCAGGCCGACUGGGAUGACAUCAAGAAAAAGUUUGAGUCAGCAGUGGAUGAGAGGGAGAUGGAGAUAGAAGGAACAAGUCAGAAGCUGCAGGAACUUCAACAGGCCAAACAAAUUGCCAGUGAGAAGCUGAAUCAAAUGAAGAAGGAAUCACAAUCUGAGAAGGCUUCUCUGAAAUCUGAAAUUGAGGCUCUGAAAGUGAAGGAAUGGGAAUCCCAGAAAGAAGUGGACAGGUGGAGGUUACAGGUGACAGAAUUGGAGAGCAAGAUGUCAAAAUUCCAGGUCAUGUUGGAAUCCCAGACCAAAAAUAUGGAUGCUGACAGUGAGGAAAAGUACAGACUUAAAGAGGAG